AUGUGCGAGUCCAAGGCCUUCAUCAGUCACCCGUGUGCACAGGCCAUUCUCAGCGAUCUGUGGUAUGGCGGCCUGAGGGAGGGAAAAUUAGUCUCGCUAAAAGUCACACUGCUGCUCUUAGGCCUGGUGCUACCGCCCUUCUACCCGCUCAUAGCCUACCUCUUCAGUUCGAAGAGCAAGUUCCUUGAGUUCAAGACAAAAGAAGAACUGGCCGAACAGCCGCAGACUCUUGAAGAGUAUCUGGAUGAGAUUGAAACCUCCUCUUCAUCCUCAUCUUCUUCGAGCUCCUCCUCCUCCUCGUCAUCUUCUUCUUCCUCAGAUAGGUGGGUUGCCUCGUACAGCAUAGUGAUCGGAACCUGUUUUGUUUAA